CUACACAUCCAUCCAACCCUCAUGAGUCCUACCAACAGAUGGGACGCUGGGCGGACCAUUUUUUUCCAGGAUCGACCAGGAGCCAUGACGCCGAACGACGAUAACAUGGAUGUAUCCAAAGCCGAAGGACAUACCAAAAGGCCUGUUUUCCGAAAGAGAGCACCGAAGGCUUGCCUCAAAUGUCGAGAAAGAAAGGUUAGAUGCAACGUUGUACGAGAAGGACAGCCUUGCACAAAUUGCCGGCUUGAUGGCCACGGCUGCGCGGUGACUCCCCGGGCGAAGAAACCCCGUAAAUGUCCUGGGGGAGCGACAGCAGCCAGACAGACAUUAGUCGGGUCGUGUAUUGCAGAUGACGACAUCUCGGGCCGCAUUCCAAGCACAGUGCCGAGCUUGGAGCAUUUAGACAACGUAUCCGUGGACAUUGAUUGCUGGGGAAUGCCCAUUCUUGAUAUAUGCCACUUUGACAGUCCUUCUGGGAUGCGUACAGGCGAUCCAACGCCCAAGGGCGGCGGGGGGGUCGCACACUGCCAUGUACACGGGGAAACGGGCCAGUCGGCUCGUGAAACACCAUCUUCAGAACCAGUACACUUCGAGGCUGAAGUCCUCUUCUCUUCGCAUUCUUUUUUGAACAUGUGGAAGGUUCUUGACAUUGGGCAUGGCGACAUCAGGUAUCUAGAGUCACAGGGAUGUUUGCGCGUCCCGACCAAGUCAAUCCUCGACGAGUUCCUAAGAAACUACUUCUUGCAUGUCCACCCAAUGCUUCCCCUCCUCAACGAAAGGGACUUCUGGGACAUGUACUGCGGAGAGGAUUUUCUACGCCAAGAGAGUGUUCGGAUUUUGGGAUUUUCGACCAUACAGGCGGCAAGAGCCUCCUUUUACAGAAGAGCCAAGCUCCUGUACGAUUUCGAAACCGAGACGGAUCCCAUAGCGAUCGCCCAAGCUGCUCUGCUGUUGACUUACUGGUGUCCGGGUUCCAGCUCUGGUCUGAAGCAGCCGAACAGCGCCUGGCUCGGUGUUGCCAUCCAGCAAGCCAAAGCUGCAGAAGCAGACAAGUACGCAACAAUGGCUACGGUCCAUACCAAGAGGCAAAACAUCCUCAAGCGUGUUUGGUGGUGCUGCAUUAUCCGCGACCGCAUCAUGCCCCUCUGCGUCCGCCGGAACAUCCAAAUCACCCGAAACCACUUCGACUUCAAUGCCAAUGCUUCCCUUGACUAUGAAGACUUAUCAGACGAGAUCGAGCACUCGAGGGUGUACCAUGGUGACUCGAAACGCUCCCUUACCGCUAUCAUGGCUCUGAUGACUGAGCUGUGCGUCUGCCUCACCGAUAUUCUGGAAUUGGUGUACCCUUUCAGGGACACAGCCGUUUGCGGUGCCGAGGUAUUUUUGCAAAAGGUGGCACUGAUCAAAGAGUAUAGAGAGGCUUUGCUGCGCUGGUCUAAAAGAGCCACGAUGAUCCUGGCGGUAUUCCCAGACACCCAUGAUGUGUCUCGCUUUGAGGAGGGCUCCCACAAUGACUCAGUUGUACUAUACACCAAUCUGAUUUGGAUAUAUUACCACUCUUCCAGAGCAGCUCUUUGUAAUUAUGAACUACAUAUCUCCGUCAUGGUGCCAUUGCCAAGACUCAGCGAGGGUCCUUGGGAGUACCCGGCUACAAUUCAAAAUAAUCGCAAAGAGCUAUGGGACGCCACAACGAGUAUAUCCGACUGUCUGAAAAAGCUCAUCCGGCUUGGCCUGACGCGCUGGUUACCGAGCAGCGCAGUUGGGUGCACGGCACUUCCACUAGCACUGCACAUGCUCGACAUAAAACUGUCUUCUGCCUCUUCUACUCCCGCAGAGAUUCUGAGUGCUAAUCCUCGAGUAGUCGAGAAGCAGAGGCGGCUGAAUAUCCUUAUCCAGGCCAUGAAAGAGUAUCGUCCACAGCACGAUUGUGUGGGCUGGGUGUCUAGGAUAAUCAGGCACAUCAUGGACUUUACACAUCUCGAUAUUGCGACACCGCCAUCUUGGCAUUGUUUUGAUUCGAAGUAUGUGCCCUGGGAACAACAUUAUGAUGGCGACUGGACGGACAUUCUUUCGAAAAACCCAGCCUGCUAUCUCAGGAUGGCAUUGGCCAUCGACCUGAGUCUGAGUAAAGAUCGUCUGCCAGAGGAGGAGGACUUUCCACAAAAGCUAAGGGAGUCACGGAGGAAUAAUGGUCGUCUACUGUCCGCUUUAGGCCCGCAAGCUAGUGGAGGCACUGCCAAGGCGGAGGAACAGCCAAGCUCCGAGCUGGAUGACUUGAGUCCAGGACUUCCAGCUGCAAUACUUCAAACCAUGGCUGCAUGGAUUCAAAAUGACCGGUCGCUGCAUUUUGCGCAGGAAAUGGGUCUGGGACUAAAGAGCUGGACAUCGGAGGAGGAGGUGCUUGAUACCUUUGACGCAGCCGAAGACGAUGACAGAAAUAACUUUCCGACUGAAGGGCUAUUAUCGAACGUCCAAUUGGAAAUAUCUGAGAAGGAGAAAUCAGCCUUUGGGGAAAUCAACGAACAGAUGGAGACUGGUUUGACUCAAACCUUAUCAUUAUAG